CACGAUUUUGCCCUCACUCACCAGGGAAGCCAUGACUCUACUUUGGUCAAAAACACCUUUUGGCAAUCUCAGAAAACCUAAAAGCAAGUGAAAGGAACAAAAUAUAGGACUGACACUUCAUGAUGAGUUGCGCUUCCGCACUGCUUCUUCUAGGUUUCCUGCUUAGACUUGUGGCCUCUUAUCCUGAGGGCUCGUGCGAUACAUAUGAAAACAUCAGCGAACCAUAUCGCAACAGUGCCUUCAGUUCCACGACCACGAGCGUCUACCCUUUAAAGGACACAAAGCUGGUGAACAAGUGGGUGCGCUUUGUUGGAAUUGGCGGCGACAAAGUUGCUGAGGCUUGUCCACCCACAAAUCAUGGAAGCACAAUGUACCCCCUGUAUUUUCCCACCACGUUACCAAGUGAGGUAAACGGCAGCCUGAGUGGGGACAUAUAUAUGAAUACAGGGAGCUGUACCACUAAUGGUGUCAAAGUCACAGUAGCGCAGUGUCCUGGAGGAUUUUUUGUGUAUAAACCAGAUGCCCAUGCACAUCCUGACAGUGCCUUUGUGACAGCGCAUUUUUCGUGCGGGGCUGACUCUUGCGGACCACUGGCGGAGUGUAACUCUGGAGGCGGCUGCAUUUGUGUUACUGGCUACAAAGUCCCAGAUGACACCACUCCAACAGAAAACUCCUUCGGCUGUGCGGAUAUAGACGAGUGUGCGGUUGCAUUGGCCUGUGGGUCUCAUGCAACCUGCGAGAACAAUGAGGGCUCGUUCACCUGCACAUGCAUAGGUGGCUAUGAAGUGACAACAGAGGGCACCCCAGCAGGAACAAGCAAUCCAUGCAUAGAUACUGAUGAGUGUCUCACACACCCGUGUGGCCAGUAUGGCACCUGCGCCAACUCACAAGGAGAUUACGCUUGUACCUGCCAGGCUGGCUUCGAUCUUUUCCGCGGGGACAGACCUGAAUGUGUCGAUAUCGAUGAGUGUCUGGAAGACGGUGUCUGUGGCCCAAAUUCUGCGUGCCAUAACAACCCUGGAAGUUUUACGUGUACGUGCCUCGUGGGUUACGAGCCCACCAACACUGAACUCUCUGCUAGCGUUGUCAACAUUUGCACUGAUAUUUCUGAGUGCACGGUUGAUGAAAAAAUCUGUGGACCGGAUGCCAACUGCACCAACACCAUUGGCUCAUACCUCUGCCCCUGUUUCUCUGGAUACCGAAAGAACAAUGAGCACAAGAUCGCCAGCUAUAUGAACCCCUGCCUAGAUAUCGAUGAGUGCGCAGAGACGGAGGAUAUUUGUGGUCGAGCGACAAUAUGCACUAAUGCUCCGGGCACCUUCUAUUGCUCUUGUCCUGAUGGAUUCUACCCUUCCACUGGGAUUGUGUGGACAAUGGACGUCAGUUUCUGUCAGCGUAAGUCACUUCCAUUCUCACCUAAGUGGCAUGGCACUAAAUCGAUUCUGCCGUGUUUCACAGAGCUUACUGAAAUUCUAGAUGCAUUAGAGGGUGACAACAAACAGAAGGCGUUUCUUGACAAUAUGGAGCAGGACAUCCUCAACAAUUCGGGCGCCGCUGUGCCAGAUGCGACUGUAGUCAACAGCAUGACAGCAUCAGUGGACGUGGUGGCGUUGGAAUCACAGAGCAAGUCUAGUGGUCUCAGCAGCGAGGGGGAUGCAGAAGUUGGCAGUUUGAUUCUGGGCCUCUCAGAAACUCUGAUCAACAAGAUAGUGAGCCCGAACGAGAACGGGACGCACAAACACAUGCACACCCGCAGUGUUGAUUUGGACAUCAGAGGCAUCGGUCCGCGGAAUCCAGGAGAAUCCACAGCCAAUCUAAGUGCGAACGGAAACGUCAUGGAAAUCAACCUGCAGGGCCUCGCUGGUCAUAAUAAUGGUACGGCAGCUGCCGCUUUCGUGACGCUCAACGGCCUGGAGAACCUGCUCAGCCAUACCUACUUCAAAACAGUGAACAAGACGGAGAUGAUGUCGGACAUUCUGACCGCAUAUCUGCCGACGGUGAACAACACCAACCUGACGGAGCCGGUCAACUUCACCAUCAUGCACAAGAUGAGGGCUCCCGAGUCUGGGUACAUGACCUGUGUCUACUGGGCUGACAAGGACGGUGAGCAUGGGUCCAAAAAAAGUCCAGACCAGAUGAGGUGGUCCCAGGACGGCUGCUGGUCGUUGUUCUCAAAUGAGAACUACACGAUUUGCAGCUGCAUCCACCUCUCUACCUUCGCUCUCAUCAUGCAGAUUGGGGAGCCUCCUCCAGACAAUUCUUUCUUGGAAUGGCUCAACCGAGUGUGUGUCAUUGUGGGACUCUUCUUCUUCGGCCUGGCCAUCCUCACCUUCCUGCUGUGCAGCUGGAACCCCAAGAUCAACAACACGGCCCGUCUCCACCUCUGCCUCAGUCUGGCCAUGUCGCACCUCCUUCUGCUCUGGAACGACGAAUACGUGGAUGAGGAGCUGGCCUGCACGGUCAUCGCGGGGCUUCUCCACUUUCUGAUCAUCGCUAGCUUCAUGUGGAUGCUGCUGGAAGCCCUCCAGCUUCACCUGCUGGUCCGCAGGCUCUCCAAGGUUCAGGUGAUCCAGAGAGACGGCCUUCCAAAACCCGCCCUCUACCUCGUCGGCUACGGCGUCCCCCUUGUGAUCGUGGGUGUUUCCGCACUUGUGUAUUCAGACGGAUAUGGUGUCACGGCAACGAAAGACUGCUUUCUUUCAGAUAAGCGUAAUUUCAGAUGGUCACUAACCGGCCCACUGAUCUUCAUUCUUGGGGUUAACUUCACUCUCUUUUUGGCCACACUAUGGAGUUUGAAACCCACGCUAGCCAACAUGAAGAGUGGUUCUCAGUCCAAAGACACCAAGAUGGUCGUCUUCAAGAUCCUGGCCCAGUUUGUCAUUCUGGGCUGCACCUGGAUUCUUGGCUUCUACCAAACAAACCUUUUCUUCCAGGUUCUCUUUAUCUUCCUUAACUCCCAGCAAGGAACCUUCCUCUUCAUCGUCCACUGUGUGCUCAACAAGGAGGUGAGAGAGGAAUACAUUCGAUGGCUGUCGUGUGGAAAGACCAAAACGGAGGAGAAAGACGCACCCUCUGUCACCGAGGACUUCGACAAGCAAGAGGAACAAACAGAUGAGAAAAAAAAGCAGGGAUGAUUGAAAACUCUUAUAGAUGAAUCCACAGCUUCCUGUGUCUGACUGUACAUUUAAUAUAAUCCUUCAUUGUAUCCUUUAUGUUUCUCUUGUUUAUAGCACGUCACAGUUUCUAGACGCCAAAAAGACAUGCACUGACUUCAUUUGUUUAGGUGUGGACGCUUCCACAAACACUCCGCUGUACAUGCAACAAGCCUAAAUAAACAAAC